UAUAUCAAGUUUCAACACGAAUUUUUAAAAAUUGUUCGAAGUCAAUUCAUCAAUAGACAUUUUUUAAUUGAAAUCAAUGAAUGACGCAUUCUCAUUUUUCCAACUAUUAAAAAUAUUGUAAUAGGUUAAAAAUAGUUAAGAUAAAUUUAAAACACAAUUUUCACAUAAAUAUUAAAUAAUUAAAUCAAGAUUUUUAAUGUUGAAUGCAUGGAAAGAAUUUUCCUUAUCUUAUGUGUAUUUGAAAGUAAGCUGCGGAUAUUUUGAAAAAUAGUUCGAAAAUAGCUAAUAUAAAUUUGUUUUAAAAUAAAAUUUCCAUGUAUUAAAUAAUUAAAUCAAGAUUUUUAAUGUUGAAUGCGCGAGAAGAAUUUUUCUUAUCUUAUGUGUAUUUGAAAGUAAGUUGCGGUUAGUAUAGUUAACGUUCUCAUUGCUAGAUGUCGUUUCAUAGUAGUAUCUUGCAUGCGAUCACUCUGUUCUAUACGUCUUUCAAUUAGGAUGGUUUAAACUUGAACGCGUACUGUUGUUGUGUACGUUUAUUCAAUUGCCGUGCAGUACAAUGUAACUAUUGAUAGAACGUAUUCUCCCUACAAGCUAAUCAUACACGUCAAUGGGCAAGACAUACUAUUGCGACUAUUGCGACAGAUCUUUUAAGGAUGAUGUCGAAGCCCGUAAAAAGCACCUGUCCAGUAUGCAGCACAUGACAAAUCGCGCGAAUCAUUACAGCAUGUUUAAAGAUCCGGAGACGAUAUUAAAGGAGGAAUACAACAAAACUCCGUGCAAACGCUACAUGACCGUGGGGGACUGUGCUUUUGGUCCUGGCUGUCGAUUUUCGCAUUACACACCAUCAAUGAUAUGGGAACUUCAACAGCUCGCUGCGAUGAAGAAUGCGAAAGUCUCGGCGGUUCAACCCAGGGACGGCUGGCCAAAUUCGGAAGAUAUCAUCAAGGAGUAUUUCGAGAAUGUGAUCGAUUCGAGCGGCACCGAGGAUCUCAGUCAACCGACGUGGAGUACACCAGCAGGAUUAGUCAAUUAUCCCUACUUACCGCCGUCUUUGCGGCCCGUCACGUCGGAAAGGAUGAUGGACUGCGAUUUCAGCAAGUGGGGUUGAACUUGCAGAACCCCGAAUUUGGAACAUUCUAAGAAUAAAAUGUAUUUAUGUUCGCAAA